CUGGCCCCACUAAUUUCAACGCAAACAAAAAUUUCGAGAACAUAGACGCGCUCGGAUGUGUUUCGGAGAAACGGCUGUUGUUUGGAAUUCAUUUCCCCCAAAAAAGCGGCAGUUGUGCUUCAAAAAUUAAAAACGCAAAAUAAAUCAAAAGAGUUGAUCAUCAAUUCAAACAAAUUGAAGAAGAAAAUAUGAAGUGAAAAUGAAGCUGAAGCUAGAAAAAAGUUAUUAAAAAAUGGCGGCGAUGCCAACAAUUAUGAGCACCAACAGCAGAAACAACAACUGCGCAAGAAGCACAGCUUAAAAGAAACCCAAAAGACAACCUUUCGGCGGCUACGAAAUUAAUCUGGUUUUUUAUGUUUCACUCGCGCGCCGCAGACAUAAAAUAAAGACAAACAACCGAGUUGACCUGUGUAUGUGCGUUGUCUCUUGUGUCUUGUUGUGUGUGUUUGUGCCGUUUGUUUGUCCCCGCGCGCUGUUUGUGUGGAAAAUAACAUAAAAAAAAAACGUGAAAUUCAUUAAGCCUGGCACAAUUUUACAUUGUUUACAUUUGGCUCUGUGACCUGUAAUCUGAUUUCUUAAAGAAGAUCCAACAAGUUGGAGGAAUAGCUUUCUUUAAUUGAAAAGAGUCGGACAAGAAGAUACCGCCUCGGCGGCCAGUAGAGGCCCACCAGCAACAUGCAUCGAUCGCUGAAGCCGCAUGCAACCACCGCACAGGCUAAGAAGGUGCAACCGCCAACGAUUCCCGGCGACACGCCACAGGAGCUACUCCAUCACCACCACCAUAAUCAGCAGCCACUGCAGCAGCACCACCACCACCAUCAUCCCAACCACCAGCCACUGAUACCACUCUACCGGCUAAGCGGUCCACUGCGCCAUCACCAGAACCACCAGAACCAGGCGGACGAUGGGAUUAGCAUGAGUGGCAGCAGCAUGGUAUCGUCGCCCUCGCUGGAGGAGGGCGGUUUCAACUUGCCCCGUGAGACGAGUGUGGCUUUGCGCCUCAAGGACGAAGUCCAGGGCUCGCCAGGAGCAGCGCCCUCGGCACCGGGAGCAGUUCCCGGCCCGGCGGUGGGCGGAGGAGGAGGAGGAGCUGCCCCGGCUGGCAAGACGGCAGUGGCCAUGGUGCCGCCGCCACCCGUUUUUUGUGCCACUCUGCGAGAGCCGCUGACCCACAAGGCGGCGGUCUACUACCACCAGCAGCUGGCCCUGCAGGAGGACCAGGGCAUCGAUCUGACCCAGUCCCCGGGCCGGGACUCUCCUGGCUCCUCAUCGGGCUCGGCGGGCUCUGGAUCCCGGCACAGCACCGCCAGUUUGGACUCCGGCCGGGCCUCCUCCUACCUGACGGGCGUGUCGUCGUCGGGUGCCUCCAUUCGGGCGCCCCUCUCCUCGCCGCGCUGCAGCUCCGUCAGCUCCUGUUCCAUUGGGAGCGUGGACCGGCAGCGCAACGAUGAGCUGAUCAUCGACUGGCUGAUGGAGAUGAAGCACGAGGAGUACGCCCAGCUCUUCAUCGCCGCUGGCUACGAUCUGCCGACGAUUGCCAGGAUGACGCCCGAGGAUCUCACGGCCAUUGGCAUCAAGAAUCCGCAUCAUCGGGAGCGGAUUAAGCAGCGUAUCGAUAAGUUGCAAGUUCUGGACAAUCUGCCGCAUUUUGUUCCGGGUUCUAUCGAGGAGUGGCUGCAGCUGUUGCGUCUGGAGGAGUACAUCCAGCCGUUACUGGAGCAGAACUACAAAACGGUGCGCGAUGUUACCCAAGUGACUUGGGAGGAUCUCGAGGACAUUGGCAUUGUCAAGCUGGGCCAUCAGAAGAAGAUACUGCUGGCCAUUAAGCGGGUGAAGGACAUCAUUAGUGGAAAAUGGAAUCCAGGCGGUGCCAAUGCCUAUCAGCAGCAGGAGUACCAGAGGAAGCCAUGGCAAUUCAAUGUGCCCAUACCCAGUACGCCAUCCUAUGUGCCAACCACCCGCGUCUCUUGGGACGACACGAAAAUCUAUGCCACCACCGGCAGUGUCCUUAAUGCCACUGCCCCAGCUGGCAGCAGUUGCCUGAACAGCAGUAUCAGCAGCGGAGGAGGAGGAGGAGGAGACGCCUACUACUGCACGGGCAGCAAUCAUGAGUGCUGCUCCGGCAACGAUGUGGUGCUCAUUAAGGUGCGUCAGCCACGUGGCAAGAGCCUGGAAUCGCUGGAGGACAUCCACGACAACAGCACGCGCAGCCAUCUGACCUUCAGCCAUUACACGACCACGGACUACGGCCACUUCGGGCCGCCCACAACAGCGGCGGCUGCGGCGGCCAUGGCAGCUGCUGCCACUCUGCAACAGCAACACCAUCACCAACAGCUCCUGCAACAACAACAGCAGCAGCAGGCUGCUGCCGCCCGUCUCCUGGGCAGCAAUGCAGCCGCCAUGGCCUGGCGGCGAUCCUACGACGACGGCGACAUAACACCCACCAACGAUGCUACGCGGGAGCUGCUCUACGACCAGGAGGGCGGUGGUACGCUGCCACGCCAGCAGCGGGGCAUCCUGCAGAGGGCUGUGUUGAACACGAUGCCGCCGUUGGAGCACCAUCACUACAUGAAUGCGGCGGCGGCGGCCGAGUACGGAGCAGCCACUGGUGGCGAGGGAGGAGCGAACUAUAUGAGUGGAAGUCCUUUGACUGGGAAGAAGAUAGCGCCAGAGCCACCGCGUCGUCACUGCAGCAUACGCAACUCCCGCACGCUGAGCGGAGAGGGAGUGCCACCGCAGACGCAGCAACAGCCAGGAUCACAGCAGCAGCAGCAGCAACAGCAACAGCAACAGCCGCAACACAUGUUCUAUGGACAUGCGGCGCAACAGCACUGGCAGCAACAGCAGGCAGCUGCGGGCAGCAAUCAGCAGCCCAUUUAUGCGAAUUAUGCCACCAUUCAGCAGACCACGGCGGAGAUACACUGCGAGAAAUACCACGACAAUAAGUCAACUUCCAGCAUUGAUUCCAUUGACACGAUACCGUUCGCCAACGAGAACACCGGAACGAUCAAGCAGCGACUGCUCAACCGGCAGGAGCUGCAGGGCGGAGCGGGCGGUACGGCCAAUCCACAUCCUGCCCCCCACCUGCACUCCUCCAGCUCGAGCUCCAGCUCCUCCUCCACGAACACAAUCGCCAAUAUAGCGCACUCAUUCCACUCGCUGAAAUCUUCCAGCUCGCUGCACGACGCCACUUUGGCGCGCAGCGAGAGCAUGGGCAGUACGGCUAGUGGCGGGAGUGCUCUCCACCUGCGCUCCCCCACGCUGGAUGUGUCUGCUGCUGCUGCUGCUGCUGCUGCUGGAGGAUCAACGGGGGCUCCCAUCGCCGAGACGUCGUUGACAUCUCCGGAUGCAGCCACUCCGAAUGUUGCUUUAAAUACGGGCGUGCCGCCAAAAGUGUCGGUGAAUGUGCUGAACGACAUCGGCAACAUGCUGGCCAAUCUCACGGAUGAGCUGGACGCCAUGCUCGAGGAGGAGAAGCGUGUGGGUCUCAAUAUCGACAGUGAAUGAGGAGGACAGUCUCCGCCAGUCUCCGACUCAACCAACAAACCAACACUCUCUCCAAUCAAACAACAAAAAUCGUAGUGUAGCUGAAUUUUGUGGUAGAACUUGUGGUGUGUCUUGUAAUGUUUUAUGUACUUUAACUUAAGUUGAUCUUGUUUUUACAUUUUUUUGUUCCAACUGCAUAGGAAGAAGCCUUAUUUUUUAAUCCUUUUUUGAAGUUAUAUUUUAUUUUUUGUCAAAUACACGAUGUGUAGUAAAAAAAAACAAAAGGUAAACUAAAAACUGAAAAGCUUUCGAAGAACCAUGUAUACUUUUGUACUUUUCCUAAAACUCUCGUCCCAUUCCCAAAAAAAAAAUAUAAGUGUUACAAAAUAAACAAACAAAUAACCAACCAACUAAAGCGAUGAAAUGAAGCGCAAGAUGCAAGUAUGCAUAGUUAUUAUAUAGCAUAAAAUAUAUAUAAUUCGAUAUAUAAAUAAAUAUUUAAACAAAAUCAUUUAUAUGGACAAGUAUUUAGUGGUUCGAUACUAAACAAAACAAAUAAAAAUGGAAAUCGAAAAAGGAACAUCACGGCACACUCUUAAAGACAACAAGAUCAGAGAACAACUACUAUCUUUCAGACAAUUUCAAAUUGCAUUUAUGAAUUACUUAAAACCUUAUUUGUACUUUACCAGUUUUUAGAUUCUGCCCGCACAGACAUUUUUCUGUUUGUUAUGAUUAGAACUAAAUUCAAACUAUAUGAAAUGAAUGUAUAAUUAAGUGUUAUUCCAUACAAAGUAAAGAAAGAUGCAUUAUAUAAAAUAUAUAUAUAUAUAUAAAAUAAUUAUGAUUAAAAGAUCAUGAAUGCUGAACAAGAUACAGAAUUCCGAGGUAUACAUUAACAUUGCCUUCUUCUUUAUAAUUUAAAUAAAUAAAAACAUUUUUUAGUAUGAAAUGUACCUUAUGAGUUGUGAUUACGUUUCGGUUCUCUGUUAUUUGCGCUCAGUUGAUAUUGGUUCGGUGCGCAUAUCAUUAGUGGAAAUUUUGAGUAUUCGAUUUAUAAACGCAUAUAAACAAAAUUAAAUAAAUUUAAAUCACAAACAUGUAAAGCACAUAAUGGGCAAAUACAGAAAUGAACAAAAACAAUAACAAAUAAAGUAAAAUUUCAUAGUAAAUGAA